UUGCAAGGCAACCCAAGGCAGUCAAGGACGUCGACCAAGCCUUCUUCAAGAUGCCUCACUCAUUCGGUUACAGAGCGCGCACGCGCCACAUGUUCAAAAGAGGGUUCAAAGAUCAUGGCCCAGUCAAACUGUCUACCUUCUUGAUCAAUUACCGUGUCGGUGACAUCGUUGACAUUAAGGCUAACGCAGCACAACAAAAGGGUAUGCCCCACAAAUACUACCAUGGGCGAACAGGCAUUGUUUAUAAUGUCACCCCCACCGCUGUCGGCGUCAUCGUCUACAAGGUCGUUGGCAACAGAUACAUUGAGAAGCGGGUGAACCUUCGUGUUGAGCACAUUAGACACUCUGCGUGCAGACAAGAGUUUUUGGACCGGGUGAAGGCAAACCAUGCCGCUCACGUCAAGGCAAAGACCUCCGGUGAACGUGUCAACCUUCGUCGUAUUCCCGCUCUCCCCCGUGGUUCACGCACCGUUUCGACAGCAGACAACACUCCCCAGACCAUGCGGCCUGUGCCAUACGAGACAACGAUUUAGAAAUUGACUUCCUUUUUGUCAUCGAUUGCAUAUUCCUUCCCUCCGCAUAUAUCGUCAAUUACCUCCCAUGUCGUGUAUGUAUUCCCAAUGCUCAUGCCACUGCUUGAACACGAAACUGCGCAAAGUCAAACGUGGAAUAUUUAUAGUAGAUGGCUUGCUAUGAACUUCGUAGUCAACGGUAUAAAUGACCAUUCAAAAACAAAUCCGUUAGUAGUGUCGUAUCUAUAGGACUACAAGAAAGAAACUACUGUCCCUG